AUGACUCCAUCUUUUGUUCAUACGAGCAGCCCUAUCCCAACAUCAAUCAGUAUCUCCACCUCCAGCAGCAUCACUCUUCCAUUAAGUACCACUUCUACCCUCACCUCCAAACCUACGCUUCCUAGCGAUUCUGUAACUCCUUCAAAUAUCAUCACUCAUUCCCCCACCUUGCACAAUACAGAUGCAUCAUUCAGUGUCAUCAGCACCUCUUCCUCAAUGCCUCCUGUGACAUCCUUUUUCACCACUACUACACAAAUAGCCAAGACGAGGGAUGCAACGUCUCUUGCUUCAUCCACUUUGAAAACCAGUCUCACUCCUACCAGUACCAUUUAUUCAGAGUCUCUCACGACAGACAUUACUUCUACUUCUGCAGUCACAUCAACAGUUACUCCAAUGAAUACCAUCCAUUUUCAGACAUCUCCCAGCUCUACUCCAGCGACCACCAGCACCAUCCUUACAUCAUCCACAAGUAUGCCUCCAUCAUCUUUUUUCCCAGCCACAGAGCCAGUCCCUAGUGGGACCUCUGACACUACUACUCUGUCCACCUUGAUCCCCACAAUCCUUACUACCCAAGCCUCGUCCACUUCUCCAUAUCCCACUAGUACUUUCACCACUACCAGGUUAGAAACCACUCCCACCUCUUCAACCUUAGCUUCCUCCAUCACAGCAAUUUUCCCCACUUCCUCCACCACAGAAGUAGCGAAGAGUGGGACCACAAGCAUGAUAACAACACCCACCUCGAAGAUACCUCUCAGUACUUUAAGUGUUUCUCCCUCAUCACCUUUCCCUAUGUUGAGUACUUCCACUAGCGCACCUCCCACUGAUCAUGAAACCAAGGAGCAGCUUUUCAACUGCCAUGAUGACUUCAAGCAAGCUGACACGCCGCACCCCAUCCGCAACCAGGACUCCAGGGAUACUGAUGACCAAGACUCUCCCCAUCCUUACGUCCCCCAGGAGAACUUCGAUCACUACUCGGAUGAUCACACAGUCUAG